AUGGAGAAAUUCAUUGCUCAUCAAAGGGAGUUGAUAGAGACUGAAAGAAAGGUAGAUGUUGAAGAGACAAUAAAGCUACUAUCUUCCUAUGCGCCCAUUCAACUUCAACGACGCGGUAUUGCUCUUGUUGGCUUAAAAAUAACAGGAAUGAGAACUGGCUUAGGAGGCAAAAGUUUGAUCGAUCUCGAGCUUGCUAAUCCAAAUAUUCUGCCGCCUAUUUUACCUGCACAUAAAAUAACAACAGGAGAUAUCGUCGGUCUUGAUGUAUACAAGAAAGAUAAACCUUCAAAGAAUGUCGAUAAAUGGUCUGGUGUUGUUGCUCGUGUGACAGAAUCGAGAAUUACUGUUGCCCUCUCUCAGGAAAUAGAAGAUGAACUUCCGGCUGAGCUUCAGGAACGCUGUCAAAUUGUAAAGUUGGCAAACAGUAUCACCUAUGAAAGAAUGUUAAAGGGACUAGAAGCAUUACAGCAAAGAUGUGACGAAGGAGGAUCCGGGCUUAUAAAUGUUCUUUUAGGACAAUCUGAUAUCUCAACUCCCCAAAGGAUGAGCGAUAUUCAGUUUUUUGAUGAAACACUAAAUGGUUCCCAAAAGGAAGCGGUACGCUUUGCACUUGGUUCAAAUGAGAUUGCUUUGGUUCAUGGGCCACCUGGGACCGGUAAAACUUAUACACUGGUAGAGAUAAUCAGACAGUUGGUUGUAAAUCAAGGUCAGCGAGUAUUAGUUUGUGGACCAUCCAAUAUUUCAGUUGAUAACCUAGUUGAAAGACUAGCUCAACACCGACUUCAGGUUGUACGUGUAGGACACCCUGCUCGUGUAUUGCCAACAGUAAUAGAUCACACAUUAGAUGUUAUUACGCGUACCUGUGAUUCUGGAAGAAUUGUGGCAGAUAUACGAAAGGAAAUGGAUGACACCUUGGCAAAAAUUGGAAAAUCCAAAAAUAGAGCAGAAAGAAGAGCAAUGUAUUCCCUCAUGAAGGACUUGAGAAAAGAUUAUAGAGUUAGAGAGAGAAAGGUAAUAGAUGAAGUAUUGACAAAUGCUCAGGUGACGAUUUCUACACUGAAUGGGGCUGCAAGCAGAAAUAUGAUGAAUAGGGAAUUUGAUGUUGUUGUUAUCGAUGAAGCAACACAGGCUUUAGAAGCUGAAUGCUGGAUAGCUCUUUUAAAGGCAAAGAAAGCAAUUUUAGCAGGAGAUCACCUUCAGUUGCCACCAACAGUAAAGUCACCCAUAAAAAUUCAAACGUCGUUAAAAUCAAAGGGGCUGUCUACAGAUACUGACCUGACAACCACCUUAUUUGAUCGACUUUUGGCCAUGUACGGCGAUAGGAUCAAAAGAAUGCUGACAGUUCAGUAUCGCAUGCACAAGAAAAUCAUGGAGUUUAGCUCAAAAGAGCUCUACGAGAAUAAACUUGUUGCAGACGAGAGCGUAGCAGAACACGUGUUGGCCGAUCUUCCCGAAGUAGAGCACACUGAAAACACGGAAUCACCAAUUGUCAUGAUAGAUACCAGCGAUACCGGUCUAUCGCAUGAAGUAACUGACGAUGCACAGGAAGAACAAAGCAAAGCAAACGAAUUAGAGGUUCAACUAGCAGUACAGCAUGUUAAAGCUCUUUUAGAGGAUGGCCUUCAAGAAGAUCAAGUCGGUAUCAUUACGCCAUAUGCAUUUCAGGUAUCAAAGCUACGAAGAGAAAUUAGAGAGCAUUGGCCAGGGAUCGAAAUUGGCACAGUAGAUGGAUUCCAAGGUCGUGAAAAAGAAGCAAUUAUAUUAUCACUUGUUCGCUCUAACGAAAUGGGUGAGGUCGGAUUCCUUGCAGAAAAAAGAAGACUUAAUGUGGCUAUGACGAGAGCAAAGAGACAUUUAUGCGUUAUAUGUGAUUCAGAUACUCUUUUGGGAAACAAAGGGGGUGGAUCAACACUCAAUAGGAAUGACUCUGGAUUCUUAAAGAGAUGGAUUGAAUGGCUAAAUGAAGAAGCUGACUUACGAUUUAGUGAGCUUGUUGUGUAA